UCCACCGCGCAUCGCUGGAUGCCUCCCUUGACAUUGACACCACUCCAUAUCGAUGGACAACCCUCUGAUCAAUACGCACCUCGUGGGCAUUAGCCUUUGAGUGGACACGUCAUUCACGAAGGAACCUCCCUCUUUACAGCUGUACAAUGAGCCACACUCUUCACAUUCUCAAACAGUCUAGAAGCAAUGCCGCGCAGGGCGAGUCAGCCGGCUGCAAGAGCGUCAAGGCCGACACGUCGGUCCGCUCGCCAACCCAAAAAGCCUGGAGAUGAUAUUCCUGAAGUUUAUGGCGAUAUGCUCGCCGACGCCGUCGCCGAGGAACAGGCUUCGGCUUCGAACUCGCGAGCUACCAAGCGGCGGAAGAUAAGCGAGGAACCGUCGACCCAGAUCGAACUCGAUUUUGACCUAUUUGGUUCUCGGACAGACGCCCAAGAUGAUGGCGGUACGGCACCUGCUGACUAUGCACCUCCCAAGAUCCAACAGGUCGUCUUCGAUGAUUUCGAGGACUCGGACGAAUCCGACGCCGAGUUUGAAGACGUCGAUCUCGAAGCAACCACAAACCACGCUGUCGAAGACCGGCUACUUGAACAGAAGACCCUCGAACUCGAUUUGUCCAAGACCAGUACGCCGAGGCGCGCGAUUCAACGACGCAAGCCUGUUAGUCUGGCAGAGCGCAAGCUUCGCCUGGAUGUACACAAGGCCCACCUCGUUUUUUUACUGGCACACCUCAACUGCCGUAACAGAUGGUGCAACAGUGAGUUCGUGCAUUCUCUCUUGAAGCCUCUCGUGCCUCGCAAGGUGAUCUCGUUACUUCAUGUCGACGAGUCUAAACCUCAAUAUCAGAGAUCACAUUCGUUCAACAAGGGCAUCGAGGAAGUCUGCGCUCUUUGGAGGCAGCAGUGGAAAAUCACUGCACGGGGGAUGAAUCGCGCUCAUUGGAGAGAAGACGUCGACGCCGUCAAGGAGAGCGACGAUGCUGAAGACUUGGUCGACUUUGACGACUUCAAAGCCGCAGCGGUCUCUCGCUCGGGUUCGAGAGAUCUAGGAGCUCAACUAUUCUGCGCCCUACUCCGCUCAGUAGCAGUAGAUGCCCGAUUAGUAUGCUCUCUUCAAGUCCUGCCAUUCUCUGGAAUCGCCAAGGGACAGACCCCAGAAAAGCCCAAACCCCAAUACAUCUAUGCGCCUCCCCAGAAUUUUGGUUCGGGGACGCAAGACAGGAACGUCACUACUACGCGCGAACGCACUCCAACUCCCAAGAAAAAGAGAAUUGUCGAGUCUCCCUUUCCGAUAUUUUGGGUCGAAGUUCUGUCGCCUUCUGUGCAAACUUGGAUCCCGCUGGACCCUCUCGUCCGCAACACAAUCAACAAACCAAAGACCGGGUUCGAACCUCCUGCAUCUGAUCAACUCAACAGCAUGACUUACGUUAUCGCAUUUGAAGAUGACGACUCAGCCAGAGAUGUCACAAGGCGCUACACUCAAUGGUACAACGCAAAAACACGAAAGCAACGAGUGGAGAGUACAAAGGGUGGCGACAAGUGGUGGGAGGUGACGAUGAACCUCUUUCAGAAGCCGUUCAGCGAGACACGGGACGAGAUCGAGGAUGCAAGUCUGCUCAAGCGCGCCGAAAGCGAACCCAUGCCCAAAAACAUACAGGAUUUUAGAGGACAUCCUGUCUAUGUCUUAGAACGGCACUUACGGCUGAACGAGGUCAUACAUCCUCGACAUGAGGUGGGCAAAGUGAGUUCUGGGCCCCUAAAAAGCGCAAAGCUUGAGAGUGUGUUCCGCAGACGAGAUGUGCAUGUAUGUCGGACCGCGGAUGCGUGGUACCGGCGGGGUCGUGAUGUCAAUGAAGGGGAGCAGCCGUUGAAACGAGUGGUCCCUAAGCGACAGCGGAACCUGGACGCUGCAACUGCUGAAGACCUUGACGACGAAGACGAGGCCCAAGAAGGAAUGGCUCUCUAUGCUGAAUUCCAGACCAGUCUCUACGAGCCGCCGCCUGUCGUCGAUGAGAAGAUACCCCGCAACGCAUACGGAAACCUGGAUGUCUACGUUCCCUCGAUGAUACCCGCUGGUGCAGUCCACAUCCGCCAUCCGCUGGCAUCGGCAGCGGCUCGCGUUCUUGAGAUAAAUUAUGCAGAUGCGGUGACGGGAUUUCAGUUCAAAGGCCGGCAGGGCACAGCCGUCAUUGAUGGUGUGGUUGUAAGCAUGAAUAUGACCAACGCCAUGAUCAACGUGAUUGAGGGUCUGGAGGCCCAGGCGACAGAAGAGGUGCAGGAAGCGAGGACCAAGAUCAUUCUGGCGAUGUGGAAGAGAUGGCUCACUGCUUUGCGCGUGCACGAGCAUGUCCAUCGGCAGUACGGGAACCAGAAACACUUCAGCAUUCACAAAGACGCCAAUGCAGAAGAAGACGCUACCUACCGAGACGAGGAAGAUGGUGGCGGAUUCAUGCUAGACCAGGCGGAACUGGAUGAAAGCGAAGAUGCUGCCAACACUGUUCCUUCGACGCCACCAAACCUGAAACCACUGAACCAGCUUCUUCCCGCCGAAGUUGUGCAUCAAGAUGUGAUUGUCGUCAGAUCUCCGAACAAGCUCGCACAACUGCCUUUCUCUGACCUGUCGCGGCGCCGCGACCGAGUCGUAGCGGAACCGCCGAAUGCGGACGAGAGUGGAGGGUUUCUCCAUGAGGCGGACGAUGCGGGCGGUGGGUUCAUCUCCGAUGAUGAUAUGGACCAGAAUGUUGGAGAGAGUCAAAACCACGGACAUGCGGCAUCCCUACACGGCAACAUCUCGCACGAUGGAGGUGGCAGGUUCAUUUUCGAAGAGGACAAUGAAGGAGGCGGCUUCCUGCCCGAGGAUGAGGACGGAGAUGAUGAAUCCCAGCCGCGGUCUCGCGCGGCUCAUGGCGACUCGAUCAAGCCGGAAGCAGUUGCGACGCUCUCUGAGGCAGAACACACGUCAACCGAAGAGAGAUUGAAGGAUGCUGCUGGUGCUGCGGGAAAUGCGACCGCCGCCGCUGCCGGAGAUAGCAGUGCCAAGCCCCGGAGCAUAACGGCCGAGGGAGUCGGAGGAUCAAGCGAGGAUGUAGAACCGUCGACGCAUUCGAAGCAUAUACCCGAUGCGGCUAUGGCACUGUCUGCCCAGUCCCUAUCAGGGACCGCCACGCUCCAGCCAAAACAGCCGACCGCCAGGAGCGGGGAGACCACAUCAGGUCAAGGCGAAGGAGGCGCCGACCACGCAAGGGAUCCAGCACUGCAGAGUCCUGGUUCUGGUCCUGGUUCUGGUUCCAGGUCUGGCUCUGCCUCUAUAGCGGGGUCCCUCCUCUCUCAUGACCCAGAAGACGACGACGCCGAGCCCGAGUGGUUACUGAGCAGUCUGGGCGAGAUGGACUAGGUCCGUCGUUGCGACGAGAUACGGGACACGGAAGCCGUGCACAAGGAGCAUGCAGUAAGUAUAGUUCAUGUAGUUUGAAGAGCAUAUAUACACGCAUUCACAC